GCCAGUGUGUAUGGUCUCUUGAGAAAUUCACUUCGUUGUAAUAACGCACUGCGCUAUUAUGUACUCACUAAGAGAUGAUACGUUCGUUACCCCGUGGAACUAACAGUUAUUGUACAAUAAGUGCUCCCAUCUACAAUAAGUUUAUCAAAACCGGGUAAUCCCCUAUUUUCCUCCACCUGAAAACUUGAGCAUUGAGUUUUCGGGAGUACCAGCUGGAGGAUCAAUCAAAAAUCCAGGGAUAUUUUCGAUAAACAACACCGAAGGAUACAUGUGUUAUAGAUAAAAGUGUUUUACAAGUGUGAUUAGCUGUGGGAAAGUUGGUAAAAUGGUUGAGUGGGGAUUAAUGUGAUAGAGGGGAGGUGUUUAAAAAAUAAUAAGUUUUCACUUUGGUUUUGUCGAUUUGAUUGGUUGGUGAUCGAGCGAUUGAAGGAUAAAGCUGGAUUAUCGAAAAUGGCUGUGAGAUGCAGUUGUGUACGAGGGAUGUAUGUGAUGAGGUUGAAUUUGUUGUGGUUGAUGAUGAUGGUGAUGAUGGUGAUGAUGAGGGGUGUUCGUGGCUCUUGUCACUGGUCGUCCGACGGUAAUGAGACGCGCUCGGCUGUUUGUUCGCUAAGGACUCUCGAUCCUUCUGGUGUAGCAGCGCUAUUGCCACCCCUAGAUGGUGCAUUCAGAUUGCGUCUUGAGUGCAGCAAUGUUCAUCAUUUUGAGAGUGUCAUAUCGGGAGAGAGUUGGCACCGUUUGAGCGGUCUCCACGAGCUUUACAUCGAUAACUGCAAAGUCCUUAGAAUACCGGAGGCUGCGUUUCAACCAUUUGCCGAGCUGAAAAAAUUAACAUUAAGAACUAAAAAUGCAGAAUGGAGUAUUGGACGGAAUUUGGAGCUCGCUCCGGAGGCACUCGCUGGACUGCGCGAGCUUCAGACGCUUGAGAUUGCCGAUAGCAAUCUCAGAAUACUACCGAGGAACGUUCUCUGCAGUCUCAACAAUCUCCAAAUUCUCAAUCUUACUGGAAAUCAAUUUCGUGAGAUGAGCGAGGUUGGAUUAGCCGAUGCACGGGCCAAUCGUGCCGAUUGUCACGCUGAUAUACGUAUACUAGAUCUGUCGCACAAUGAGAUUAGGAAUUUACCGGAGGACAGUCCAUUGUCGGGUCUUAGACAACUCCAGGAACUCUAUUUGCAGCACAAUGGAAUAGAUGAAAUAGCUAGUGAUGCACUGACAGGACUCACCAGUUUGCGGGUAUUCAAUGCCAGCUACAAUUCUUUGGAUACACUGCCGGAAGCGCUGUUUGCUUCGACGAGGGAUCUCAGAGAGAUACAUCUGCAGCGAAACGAGCUACGAAAUCUGCCCCGGGGUAUUUUUACCCGUUUGGAGCAGCUACUGGUUCUCAAUCUUGCUGGUAAUCGUUUAGGGAGCGAUACCGUUGAUGAAAUGUCCUUUCUCGGUCUGAUAAGGCUCAUUGUCCUUGACUUGUCGUACAAUUCAUUAUCGAGAAUCGAUGCGAGAAUGUUCAAGGAUCUAUUCUUCCUCCAGAUACUGGAUUUACGGAAUAAUUCAAUUACACAUAUUGAGAGCAAUGCAUUUCUCCCUCUCUACAAUCUUCACACACUCGAGUUGUCGGAGAAUCGUUUGCACUCGAUUGGACAACAAUUGUUCAACGGAUUAUUCGUGCUCAAUCGUCUGACACUGUCUGGAAAUACGAUAGUAAAUUUGGAUCCCCUGGCAUUCAAAAAUUGUUCAGACCUCAAGGAACUUGACCUGAGUGGAAAUGAAUUGACAGCGGUCCCAGAGGCCCUUCGUGAUCUCACCUUUCUGAAAACACUCGAUCUCGGGGAGAACAAGAUAACCGAGUUUCACAAUGGCUCCUUUAGAAAUCUCAAUCAACUGACCGGACUGAGACUCAUUGGAAACGAGAUUGGUAAUCUCUCCCGUGGAAUGCUGUGGGACCUACCAAACCUUCAAAUACUGAAUCUCGCUAGAAACAAGGUCCAGCACGUUGAGAGAGAUGCAUUCGAACGUAACGUCCGUCUCGAGGCAAUACGCCUCGAUGGAAAUUUCUUAUCCGAUAUUAAUGGAAUAUUCGCCAGUAUAACGAGCCUUUUGCUCCUUAAUUUAUCGGAGAAUCACAUUGAGUGGUUCGAUUACGCCUUCAUCCCGAGCAAUCUCAAAUGGCUCGAUAUACACGGCAAUUUCAUCGAGAGCCUUGGAAAUUAUUAUCAAAUUCGUGAUCUCAAAGUUCGUACACUCGAUGCCAGUCACAAUAGAAUAACUGAACUGCCACCCCUCUCAGUGCCUGAUAGUGUUGAAUUACUCUUCAUAAACAAUAACUACAUCAGUAAUGUUCACGCCAAUACAUUCACCGGUAAAGUAAAUUUAACUCGUGUUGAUAUGUACGCCAAUAUGAUUGAAACAAUGGAACUCGCUGCACUCAGAUUGACACCAGUGCCAGAGGGUAAGUUCCUACCCGAGUUCUACAUAGGUGGUAAUCCUUUUAAUUGCAAUUGCUCGAUGGAUUGGCUACCAGUGAUUAACAACAUGAGUGCAUUGCGACAGCAUCCACGCGUUAUGGACCUUGACAAUGCAAUGUGUCGUAUAUCCGGUCCCCGUGGUACAGCUAUGGUGCCAGCAUCAAUGGCAAGACCGGAACAAUUUCUCUGUCGUUAUGAGGCACACUGUUUUGCACUGUGUCACUGCUGCGACUUCGAUGCCUGUGAUUGCGAAAUGACAUGUCCAUCAAAUUGCAAGUGUUAUCACGAUCAAACGUGGAAUACUAAUGUGGUUGACUGCUCGGGAUUGGCAACCCAGGAUAUACCCCGAAAAAUACCGAUGGACGCAACUGAAGUAUAUCUCGAUGGCAAUGACUUUCGUGAAUUGCAGAAUCAUGUGUUUAUCGGGCGUAAAAAUAUGCGGGUACUCUAUGUUAAUGCCAGUGGUAUUGAAUCAAUUCAGAAUCGAACAUUCAACGGCCUAAAUAAUCUACAAACUCUGCAUCUAGAGGAUAAUAAGAUUCACGAGCUUAAGGGCUUUGAAUUUGAGCAUUUGGUGCACCUGCGUGAGCUAUACCUCCAGAAUAAUCUCAUUGGUUUCAUCGGUAAUCUCACUCUACUACCGCUGAGAUCACUCGAGAUAUUACGACUCAAUGGAAAUCGCCUAGUCACGUUUCCGGUUUGGCAAGUCACCCUUAAUACACGUCUCGUGGAGCUGUCACUUGGUGGUAAUCCGUGGUCAUGUCGGUGUAAAUUUCUCCAAGAAUUGUCCGCCUGGGUAUCUGACAAUGCCCACAAGGUUAUAGAUUCGAGUGAUGUAUGGUGUUAUAACAAUGAGGCAAGACCAGCUUAUCGUCGUCGUCUCAACGUCAAUGAAACAGCCUGCUCGGAUUACUUUGCUCAGGGCGGAGUAAUCGAAAGCAUAAUGGUCUCCGAUUACUUACCCAUGGUAGCAGCAACCCUCUCAGCUGUACUAUUACUCCUUGUAAUUACGGUACUGGCAUUUAUAUUCCGCGAGCCUGUGCGUACAUGGGCAUAUUCACGUUACGGCAUCAGAUUCUGGGCUAAAACAACACAACCCGAGGACAAAGAGCGAUUGUACGACGGCUACUUCUGUUACAGUCCAAAGGAUGAAGACUUUGUUUUACACUCGUUGGCUGUUGAGUUGGAGCAUGGACCAAGUGGAUUACGUUUGUGCCUUCAUCAUCGUGACCUACCUUGUCUACGUGCUGCUGCACCAGUUGUAUUGGAAGCAGCUGAGGCAUCUAAGCGAGUUGUAAUAGUACUGACGAGAAAUUUCUUGCAGACUGAGUGGUCGCGUUUUGAAUUUCGUGCUGCUGUACACGAAGCCCUGAGGGGUCGUCCAGGUCAGCUAGUUGUCGUGCAGGCUGGACCUGUCACACCUGAGGCGGAAGCUGAUCCGGAACUGAGGCCUUAUUUGCGAACAGCUACAACACUCAGAUGGGGUGAAAAACGUUUCUGGGAGAGAUUGAGAUUUGCAAUGCCACCGGGUGAUGCACUCAGGCGAAAAUCAUCAUCACUGUACAGGAGAAAUGUUAAUACGUAUACGUUGGAGGGACGACCCGAGAAGGAGACAGCGACGUUGCGUGUACAUGGCCAUAUACCUGGCCAUCAUCAUCCGUUGUUCAAGGAUGCACCGGAAUUGUUGCAAGCACCACCAGCCUACUCCAGUACGGCAACCCUUGGUCACAAUAAUCAAGUUAGACUCGAGCCAGGUGGUCGUGAUACCCCGGUGAGCUCGGCGGCAAGUCCAAGCCCCAGGCUAACAAUGAAUCGUGCCUACCAGGAAGGACCUUUGGAUGCUAUCAAUGAGAGCAGGAGACCACUAUCUGAGCACAUUUACUCUUCCAUUGAUUCGGAUUAUUCGACACUCGAGAGAAAUGCUUGGAGACAGCAGCAGCCACCACCACCAGGCCAGGCAUAUCUUGUGUAACUUCCAGUUGAUGAGGAUGAGAUUGUGCGGAGGGUCCGUAUGUCUCUCGGACUUAGAUUCAAUGAACCCUCGGACUGUUAUCUAGUGUAGUGCAACGAUGUGGAUUAUUAUGUGUGAACAAUUGCUUUUUUGUCGAUUGUCAUGGCAAAUCCAGCGGUAGAUUAUCCCUUCUGUUAUAGAUAUAACACUUUGGAAUACUCGUCGUUCACACCGGCGUCUAGUCAAAGGGAAUUGUCUUGGCUCGUGACGUCACAGGUGGACAAUUUCAUUGUUACGAGGGAUAUGGUCAGAGGCAAGUGGUUGUGAACUUCUAGAGCUCCAAGUGUUUUCACAAAAUCCAGUGAAUCGAAACGGUUGUGUGUUCUCUAUCUAAUAAUCGUUAUAAGUAUUCACCAUCCUAUCGAUUUUUCAUUCGCUCUCUUCCACUGUGUCUAUUGUGAUAUUGUUUACUGUAUUCUUACUGUAUUCCUUUUUUUUAUUUCAAACUUUUGUACGACCAUGGAACUGGAUUCUUAACCAGGGUGUAGAGAUAUUGUGCUCAAUACUUGAAACAUUUUUUUUUCAUUUUGGUUUGAGGGGCUUUUAUUGAGUGAGAGAAAGGGUUAAUUAAUUAGCAUUUUUUUUUGUUCGCUGGCUUCAAAGGACUGAUUUCUUUUUACUCAUUAGUCGAACACCUUCGAUCUUUAAUUAAAAACGUAGAAGCGUAAUAUUGGGUUCAUAUGCUCGCUCUAGCGUUUUUCAUUGAAAUUUUGAAUGAAAAGGGUGAGAAAAUCCCGUGGAUUUUCACGGAAUGUCGAUGUAUGUUUUUUUUUAUCCAAUAAAUUCUGUCGUCUGCCCGCCCUCAGUUUACGAAAUUAUAAUCCGUUCGUUAUUCUUUUUUUUUGUAAGAUUGUAAUGUACCGAUGGCCUACCUCGCCAAUGACUAAAUAACUUAAAAACAAAACAUGAUAUUAUUUACUUAAUUAAUGAACUUGCUUAACGAAAUAGUCACGGGUCUUGCGAGAGCAUCCAGCGUGACUCGGCUGUAAAUAUUUACUCCUCUAUAUAUAAUAUAUAUACGAAAACUGUAUAAAUUUUCCGAUAAAAUAAUGUUCGUAAUGAGACGAGUGCAGUAUGAGAGCGAUAGCGCUAAAAAAAUAUUUGACAAGAGAGCAACAGUGACGCGUGAAAGAGGAGGGUGGAGGGGAUUGAGGGGAAUAAUGAGAAUGUAGUUAGGCAAUGUUUUAUAAUUUUAUAUGACUGAAUAGCAAGGAAGAAGAAAAAAUUAGUAUGAGAGAGAUGUAUGAUAUGUACAUAUGUAACAAAUUUUUGCCUGAUGUAAGAUAUACUCGCCAUAAAAAACAAGAAAAAUUAUCCGAGAUGAACUAUUACUAAAUAAAUAAAUGUAAAUCAGAUUUAAAGUCAGAGAGAAAAAAAAACAGCAGAUAAGAGUGACAAAAUUGUUCAACAAAAAAUACGUAUAAACGCUCUUAUACGAUCUAAACUAAACCCUAAAUUAAAAUUGAAGAAUGAUGGAGAAAACCUAUGUUGUACAUUUGCUAUACUUCAAUUAUUUAAAUCAUGUGAAUAAAUUUAUAACUUACGUUAUCGUUUCAAUUUAAAUUAAA